AUGCAACAAGAUUGGAAAAGCAUGUUGAAUGAUAUCGUCACAGACUCGAACCCUGGAUCUUUAGAAUCCACUAUACGUCACACCAAAAAACAUACACUUGAAAAGCGCUGGAAUUACUUCGAUGUUCAAUGGAUAUCAUGGAACUACGACAAUAUUAAUCAUGAUCUUGACAAACAAGCUGCUGAGGAUAGACAAGUAGAGGAGGAAGAGUAUGACAGUGCCGUAUAUGAAUAUUAUAAUAAUAACCCUGCUUGGAAAUAUUGUCUAUCUGUAUUCCGUAAUGACCAUGUAGGACAUGAAGAGACUUAUGAUGACUUAGGAAGGGACAAUGCCGUUCAUGGAGAGUUGUACUUUAAUACUUACGGGGGUGUUGAUGGUUACUGCAACGAUAACAAAGACGGCGCACAAUGUGGCGGAAUAGCCUGUGAAACGUAA